AUGACCAUAACGGCUGCAGCCCCGCAGUCGUUAACGGCGGGGCCGGGAUGCAGGACCACCGUCGCCGGCAGCCACAACCACGCAAAGAGCAGCAGCGGCAACAGCAAGAGGAUCACAAACAGGAUGAACACCAGCAACAUCAUCAUCCCCGGUGACAAAAAUGAGAGCACAAGCACCGACGGAGACAACGGGGUGCCGCAGACCAACGGCACUGCCUCACCUCAGCCGUGGAUGCACAGCUCACGCUUGUUGGGUAUCUUGCUCAUCGUCUCCGUUGCGUUGCCGACGAUGACGCCAACACUCGACCAGCUCGCUUCGUCCUCCGGUGCCAUUGCGGAGAUGUCCCCACUGGCGUUCGGCUGCGACAGCGGCUGCGACGCCACGGAUCGCACCGACGCCAGAAUGCGCGGCGACCACGCCUUCGACUACGCGGAGAUGUGCAGCGCCGCCGUGUUGCCGAUGGAGGGCGCGGCGCAGCAGCACCGCGACGAGGAUGAGGACGAGGAGGAGGACGAGGAUGACGAGCGCAGCGACAAUGAGGCGAAGGUUGUGCGUGCAAGGAGGAGCAGCAGCAGCAGCAGCAGCAGCGACGAGGACGAAGAGGGGUGCAUGACCAUGACGACGAUUGGCUGCGACACGGACCGCCGCAGCACGACCAGCAGCAGUAGCAGCAUCAGCGUUGGCCCCGCCGGCCCCUCGCUCCUGCUGGCGCCCGGCAGUCUCUCCUCGUCGGUGGCGCUAACGCCGCCGCUGCACGCCACCGCCGGCGACCGCCACAAGAUGGGCGACCUCGGGCGGCUGCCCGACUCGGUGCUGUUCGGCAUCCUCGCCUUCGCGGCGCUGCCGGAGGUGGUGGCGCUGCUCGCCACCAGCAAGGCCAUUAACCGCCUUGUUUCGCGCUACUUUGGGAUGAAUCAGCAGGGUGUGCUUAGCAUCCCCGCCUAUACCGGCCGCCCCUCGCCUGUGCACCGCUACGAGGCGAACUCUUCCAGCAGCAGGAGCAGGAGCAGCAACAGCAACAGCAACACCAACACCGGUAACAACAACAGCAACAACAACAACAACAACAACAACAACAACGCCGACACCUCGGCGGAGGCGUCCGUGGUCCCGGCGAAGACCAUCCGGCUUUUCUUUGGCCAGCAGCGGCGCGACAACCACCCGUCGUCGCUGCGGCACCUGCUGAAUUUCCUCGUGCCGGACAUGGCGAUCCCGCACAUGGAGGCACACACCAACCCACUCAACGGCCGCGGCAAGGGCUGCUCAUGGGUGUUUGUCACCUCGCAGAGCGACGCGAAGCGGCUGAUGGGGUUCAACAAGCUGCUGUUCCUCGACGUGAAUGAGCGUGGCGAGGAGGUCUACCUGCUCGCCCCACCGUGCAGCAAGGCGUGGCUGCAGAAACACGCGCAGGAUGUCGGCGGGCGCCCGUUCCGCCCGAAUAACCUCCCGCGGCAGGCUGUGGUGGUGGAGAUGCCGGAGAAGCCCUCCAUCAAGCGUAAGCGCGCCAUGGCACAACAACAGCAGCAGCAACAACAGCAACAGCAACAACAGCAACAGCAGGUGGAUGAGGAAGAGGGCGAUCGGAAGGAACCACAAGAAGAGCAGACACGAAUGGCGGUGCCUCCGCCCGCUGUGGAGGCGGCUCUGACGGCUCCAUCCCCAGCCGUACCGGCGGAGGAGCACACCUCCUCUGAAGCCCCCCCGUGCGAGGAGCAAAAACAGGAACGAAACAAGCAACAACCGCAGCCGACCCAACGAAAACGAAAGGAGGACAAGUGGGGAUCCGCCCCGUGGGCGCGCUACCGUUCCACCCCGCGCGCGCCGAAGAUGCGACGCCAGUGGGCGUAUGACUACAGCUACGACUACAACGACGGCUACUACUCGUCAUACUACAUGCGGCAGCAGAUCGCACCGAGGGGCAUUGUGAUAACCGGCCCCUGUCAGUACCGCCACGAGCCGUAUGCCUGCGGCCUGCUGCAGACGCCGGCAGAGCCGCAGUGUGAGGACAACACGGCGCCGUGGUGGAUGUGA